AUGCCUUCAAUUCUGGAAGAUGACGAUGACCGCGACCUGGUCGGAUCACAAGAUGGUAGCUCAGACGGCGGUGUGGAUGACACCAUGCAGGAUAUGGAUGAAAUGGAUGUUGAUGUUGAGCCUGAACCUGAGCCCGAGCCUAAUUCCCCUUCCAACUCCAGCGUUGUGGACUCGGAGAGCCAGGCGAGAAACACACAAAACCCCGAAGUCAUAAUAACAGCACCUACUAUUGAUCCGGUCCCGGAUCAACCCUUCAUGUACCGGCCGCAGAUCCGCCCCGAAGCACUAACAGCUGCAACCUACGAUAUUGUCCCUACAACAGCUGCCCCUCACAGUACCUCUAUCAAUGCUGUCACGUCGACUGCCGAUAUGCGCUGGGUGUUUACUGGCGGCUCCGACGGAUACCGUCAUCCUUUUGUUGACAGCGUUGUCAAGGCGGGCGUCUUGGUGAACUACUGGGAAAAUUUGGACGGCGCCAGCAUGUCGCCGGUGUACUCACUUGCCGCCCAAGCCGAAGGUUUAUGGCUCCUUUCGGGCUUGGAAUCAGGUUUUAUACGACUACAGUCUGUUCGCCAUGAUGAAGGCAAAGAGAUCGCGGUGCUUAAGCAACAUACCUCGGCUGUAUCAGUUUUAUCCCUUACCCAAGAUGAAAGGUCACUUUUGUCCGGGAGCUGGGAUAAGAAAGCCUUAGAGUGGGAUCUCGACACCGGUAAAGUGAAGCGCACCUUUGGAUCAGGCAUCGGACAGGUUUCCGCUAUUGAAUUCCGCCCUGAAUCGAGCCUUCCUGUCCCACGGGAGAUUGUGGAACGGCCGCUAACCAAUGGAACAUAUUCGUCAAAUAACCGUGCUGCCGCUUCUGUCAACCAAAGCUUUGUAAACGGCGGAAGUAAUCAUAAGGACGGUCAAUCUACCGAUCAGCAAGCGGGGUCACCGGCCGAUUCCCUUUUUGAAGCAGACUCACUUUUUGGGGAUGCAGAAGGCGGUGGGGAUGCAGAUGCGCCAUCCGGUGGUGCAUUUGCAGCGGAAGACGACGAGUUCUCUCAAGCACUGGCAAAUGGAAUAAAACAAAAGCAACCGACAUCACGAAAGGAAGCAGAAGACAGCGGCCCUAGCGCCAUGCCAAAUGGCAUAGCCUCAAAUUCGGAGUCUCAAACAGAAACUAUCCCAGAUUCAAGCGCAGGCCAACUUCAAUCCGCCAAUGAGCCACAGGAUUCACAAGUAAAUGGAAUAUCCGACUCGAUGAUGAGUGGUCUUCCACAUGCAGAAGAUCUGGAGUCUUUAACGGCUGCCUUAGAGACAAGCAUAAUGACCAAUGAUAUGGAAUCCUCUGGGAAUGCCAAUAACACUUUCUUAUCCGCUUCUAUAGAUGGUACCAUUCGGGUGUGGGACCGUAGGCAAUCUGAUCCAAUUGCUCGCAUUACAUCACGAAAUUGCCCCCCUUGGUGUAUGAGUGCGUGCUGGUCUCCCGAUGGCAACUAUAUUUAUGCUGGUAGGCGAAACGGCACUGUUGAAGAAUACAGUCUACACAAAGGUCUUCGAGACCCGCAGCGCACCUUUAAAUUUCCACAUGGAAGUGGUGCGGUAUCAUCCCUUAAAAUAAUGCCCAACGGCCGACAUCUCAUCUGUGCCUCGCACGAUAUUCUACGUUUAUACGACUUGAGGGAAGAACAAACCUCUAGAUCAUCAGUUCCUUUUCUCAUUAUCCCUGGCCACCGUACAGGUACCAUUUCUCAGCUUUACAUGGAUAGUGCUUGCAAGUACCUAAUAUCCACUGGUGGCAACCGGGGAUGGGAAGGCUCGACAACGGAAGUUCUCCUAGGAUAUGAGAUAUCUGCCUUACAAUCUUAA